ACCCGCCCCCCUCGGCUCCCGAAAGCUAAAGCGUGGCAGGGGCCGGGCCGGGAAAGCGGAGGAGGCGGGUCUCCAUAGAAACGUCCACCUGUUUCCGGCCAGGCUGUGCGAGAUUAGGGGCUGCUGCGGGGGCCAAUCUCAGCUAGGUCGCUUUUUCCCAGCGGCCUCUGCGGGAGUGGUGGGUGUUGUACACAAUCAUCAUGGCGGCGGCCGGAGCCCCGGAUGGCAUGGAGGAACCUGGCAUGGACACGGAGGCCGAGACGGUGGCGACCGAGGCCCCCGCGCGGCCCCUGAACUGCGUGGAGGCCGAAACCGCGGCGGGGGCGGCGGCCGAGGACUCUUGCGCGGCACGAGGUAGCCUGCAGCCGGCGCCGGCCCAGCCCCCUGGGGACCCUGCGGCCCAGGCCUCGGUCAGCAACGGCGAGGACGCGGGCGGCGGCGCGGGCAGGGAGCUGGUGGACUUGAAGAUCAUCUGGAAUAAGACUAAGCACGACGUGAAGUUUCCCCUGGAUAGCACAGGCUCCGAACUAAAACAGAAGAUUCACUCGAUUACAGGUCUCCCUCCUGCCAUGCAGAAAGUCAUGUAUAAGGGACUCGUCCCUGAGGAUAAGACGUUGAGAGAAAUAAAAGUGGCCAGCGGAGCCAAGAUCAUGGUGGUUGGCUCCACGAUAAAUGAUGUUUUAGCCGUAAACACACCCAAAGAUGCUGCCCAGCAGGAUGCAAAGGCCGAAGAGAAUAAGAAGGAACCACUCUGCAGGCAGAAACAACACAGGAAAGUGUUGGAUAAAGGAAAACCCGAAGAUGUGAUGCCAUCUGUUAAGGGUGCCCAGGAGCGCCUGCCAACGGUACCCUUAUCCGGCAUGUACAACAAAUCCGGAGGCAAAGUGAGACUCACCUUCAAGCUGGAACAAGACCAGCUGUGGAUCGGCACUAAAGAUUCCCGGAGGGAACCGAACAUGCCUAAUUCACCUGGUUCUGGCCAGCACUGUAGGUAUUCAGUGUUCGAGAGCGGACUGAGAAAUUGCCCAUGGGCUCCAUUAAAAAUGUGGUCAGUGAACCUAUCGAAGGACAUGAAGACUACCACAUGAUGACGAAGAAACUCAAUAUUCAGAAGACGCGUGGUUUUAAGACCCUCACGUUUUCUUCAUCUCCUUAGAACUUAGUCCAUGACCUAUUCCUAAGUUUAUUUUUGCAACGGCCACCCACCCCCCAUCAGUUUAAAGGGGAUAUGUUUUUUAUAUCUUUACUUUCUUCUCAUUUGUAAUAUUUUUGUCGUUAGAUCAGGACAAUAAAUACAAGGAGGAGGAUUGGCUUGUGGGUUUUCAUUUUAACUUUUGUCCUGUGUAUAAAACAAAAUCUCCCACCAGCCUUGGCAUUUGUGAGGACACAGGCGGUCUGCUUCUGUGGUGUGGUGGUGCUCUUCUCAGGCGCAGCCAUCAGGUGGCUAAGGACACCGUGGGGAGGACGGAGUCUGUGGUCGUCAUUCCACAUGGAGGUUUAUUCUAAAGAGAGCAGGCUGUUCUUUCCCGAGAUACAAUGUUUGGAGGCAUUCCCCGAGUUUGUGCAGAACAAAGCCAAGAAUUCAGUGAUGCGGGGCACAGAGAACGUGCACUGCUCAGGCAAACCCCUGAGUUUUCCCAGCACGGUUAGGAGGGGCCCCUUUAGAAGUGAAGUUUAGUUGCCUCAACUCUGAAGUUACUCUGACAGGGGCCUGACCUGAGCCAGGAAUGGGGUGGGGGCAGGACUGCCUGCCAUUCUCCCUCCCGAGGAGGCAGGGUUUUUAGUGUGCAGCCAAAAGCGCUGUAGCUGUGUCAGCCCCGUUCCAGGGAUGAGGAGCAGUCGGUGGCUUGACCUGUGCAUCGGGGGUAAAAGGUCCCCCGCAGAGGGAGGUGUUGGAAAGUCCCAGGGAAAAGGGGGUCUGGUGUUACGGAAGUUCUCUCUGGGCAGAUGGCAGGUCCCCUCUCUUGCCCUGUUGGUGUCUGUCCGCUCAGAGGCGCUGAAGCCAGGCCACGGUUAGGGUUGCAGUCCCGGGUGUCCUGGGAGUGACGAUGUCACUGGGGCUGCUUGCAGGCCCUCUGGCGGCCCUCCCACCCCUCAUCCUUAAAAAGGAUCGCAGACGGAUUUGUUCUGCCUACUCAGUUAUUUUUCCCGUUUACGAAGUCGGCUUCUCGAUGUUUUCAGCCAGGCCCCUUCACUCCCUUUUGAAACAUUCAUCUUACCCAUGUUGCCUGUGGCAUUCGCAGCCCCACUUUUCAAGCAGCCCGGUGAGUGGGAUUCCCAGCAAGUUGAGGGGACCAUUUCAGACAUCCUUAAAGAAAUCAGUUUGAAUGGUUGAUGCUUUAAUAUUUAGUUCAAGUGCUUGUUUCUCUAUCGGGUCAUUUCUGGCAGAGAGGAGUGCUGAUAGUCCCUUCUCUUUACUAAAGGCCAUGAAGUGGCACCUUGACCUCUGUCUAAAUGAAAGUAACUUUGCUCAUUUUGCAGAUGCCAUUUCAAUAGCUAGAUUAAUGGUGUCAUAGUUCACAUCGGAGAGGGAUGGCUGUGCUUGUCAUUCUUAGGGAAAUGUUUAAAAAUGCAGAAGAGAACAGAGAAGACUGUAACAAAGCCAUAUAUCCAUUACCAAGAAAUGAUUGUUGUAAAUAUUUCGUGAAUUGCUUUAAACCGUUUUUUUUUUUUAAUAAAAGAAAACCUACCAACGGCGAAUAUGUCCCCAUUGUCUUCCCCUCCCCCAUUACCAUGAGCAUGAUUUCUCAUGUGGAUCCUUCCCAGCUCUCUGCUUUUGUUUUCGUAUAAACCCAUGAACAAGAUACAGUACUGUUUUGUGUUUUUUCAGUUUUCAUAAAUGGUAUCAUGGUAUGUAUCGUUCUGCAACCUGCUGUUUUUGGUUCGACAUUGUGAUCUGUCCGUAUUAACUGUAGAUCCAGUUCAUACCUUUGAAAAAUAAUCCCGCAUUCAUACGAAUAGGCCACGUCACUUUUAAUUUUGCGUUUCCUUACUGAUGGAUAUGUAGGUUGUUUCCAGGUUGUUAACCAGUUGUGACGGUGCUGCUGUGAACAUUCAGAUUUGUUUCUUUGUGCAUGGGUGACA